UUUGAUCCUAUCAAUGAUACAGUCAAGUCACUCUUACAUACUCGGCAAUCGGAAUACUCUUCAGCUCUACCGAUCACGAUAUGGGCCGGGACUUAUAAUCUGAAUGGGCGAAUACCAUCUGCGUUGACUAGUGAAGAUCUUAUGAAAUGGCUGUGGCCAGUCGGAUCCAACGAGCCGGAUAUCAUGGUCAUCGCCUUCCAAGAAAUUGUCAAAUUGUCUCCUCAACAAAUCAUGAUCACCGAUCCAGAAAAAAAACGUAGAUGGGAGCAAACCAUCAUGACAUCUCUCGAGCGACGUCCAGAUAAGAAGAGUUCAUACGUGAUCUUACGUUCAGAUCAAUUAGUUGGUACCGCUUUAAUCAUCUUGGUCAAGUCCGAUAUGGUAAAUGAAGUCAGAUCGGUAGAAGCAACAACUAAAAAGACUGGUUUGAAAGGAAUGGCAGGAAACAAGGGAGCUGUUUCGAUUCGAUUACAGUAUCAUGAUUCUAGUUUUUGUUUUGUUACGGCUCAUUUUGCUGCCGGAUAUAACAAUGUUGAAGAAAGAAAUCAUGAUUAUCUUACGAUUUAUAAUGAACUUGAAUUCUUAAAGGGCAAGACCAUUUCCAGUCAUGAGAAUGUUAUUUGGGCUGGUGAUUUCAACUACCGGAUUGGCGGAGGUCUGAGUAACGAGUUUGUACGCCAAGCGGUCGUGGAAAAGGAUCUUACAACAUUACUAGCUGCUGAUCAGUUACUGGCGAACAUGUCAACCCAAGCUGUAUUCCCGAAAUAUUUGGAAGGUCCUAUCACAUUUCCACCCACUUAUAAAUAUGACAUCGGCACAGACCGCUAUGACACAAGUGAGAAGCUAAGAAUACCCGCUUGGACAGAUCGGAUUUUGUAUCUAGGGGAUGAUCUCGAUUUAACCAAUUAUUCAAGAGCUGAACUUAAAGUCUCAGAUCAUAGACCAGUCUACGCUAUCAUCAGAGCAAAGGUUAGAGUCGUAGAUCGGGUAAAAAAAGAUGCUAUUAGGAAAGAAGUUACACAAAGCGUUUCACUGAAACGCGUUCGAAGUCAGAUUUUGGGACCCAUAAUAUGUGAUUGUAAGUUUGAAGAUCAUUUUUGA